AUGAAUGCAGUUGAAGAACCUUAUGUGUCCCAGUUGGAUUGGGCCGGACGUGUUCGGUUUGAAACGGUGCGUGUACCGAAUGAUCGAAUAAUCUUUGACCCAGUUAUGCCGGAAGAUCGUGCAGUGUACUCAUGUGUUGUACGCAAUGCAGUUGGUAAUGCAACUGGAGCCAUGUUCCUCCGUGUCAAAGACCGCUGGGCAGUUUUCUGGCCGUUGAUUGGAAUCAUACUUGAGGUCAUUGUUAUGAUCGUAGUCAUAUUUGUAUACGAGAUAAAACGGCGAGCCAAUAAAAAACGUGAAUCCGAAUAG